AAAAAUAUAGCACCGUAAGUCGUUGCCAGGCAGCCCAUCCGUUUGACGGGCAAUAUAAUAAAUAUAAAGAAUAAGUCAACAACUGCUUCUCCAUUCUCCAACCUCCAGCAAGGCAGUUCGCCAUUAUAGAAGUAGGCAAGCAGCACGGCGCAGCCAGAGCCAGCCAUAUGCCCUGACGCCCAGACACUCCGUCUUCUUAGAAUCUUAGUUCUUAAUAAUACCUCCUAGCUCACUAUCCACCGCUCCAAUGGACAACGGAUCCGUGAAGCAGAUCGUUGUUCUGUACCCCGUCGGCGGCGUCGGGCACGUCGGGCCCAUGACCCAGCUCGCCAAGAUCUUCCUCGACCACGGCUUCGACGUCACCAUGGUGCUCAUCGAGCCGCCGAUCAAGUCGACCGACUCCGGCGCCGACUUCAUCGAGCGCGUCGCCGCCUCCAACCCGUCCAUCACCUUCCACGUCCUGCCGCCGAUUCCAACCCCUGACCUGGUGGCCACCUCCCCCAAGCACCCUUUCCUCCUCAUACUGGAGUCGAUGCGCCAGCACAACGGGACGCUCGAGAGCUUCCUCCGCUCCAUCCCGCGGCCGCGCUUGCACUCCCUUGUCAUCGACCUGUUCUGCACCCACGCCAUCGACGUGGCCACCAAGGUCGGCGUCCCCGUCUACAAGUCCUUCGCCUCGGGCGCCGGGACUCUGGCCGUCUUCACCCAGCUGCCGGCGCUGCUCGCCGGCAGGCGAACGGGCUUGAAGGAACUCGGGGACGCGCCCCUCGAGUUCCUUGGCGUCCCGCCCAUGCCGGCGUCCCACCUCGGCAAGCCGCUGCUGGAGCAUCCGGAGGAGGAGCUGUGCGGGGCCACGAUGAAGAUCUUGAGGCGCAACGCGAGCACGCGGGGCGUUCUGGUCAACACGUUCGAGUCGUUGGAGAGCCGGGCCCUGCGGGCGCUCAGGGAUCCCCGGUGCGUUCCCGGCCAGGAUCUGCAUCCGGUUUACGCCAUCGGGCCGUUGAUCGGCAAGGCCGGGACGGGCGGAGAGGGGCACGAGUGCCUCGCGUGGCUCGACGCGCAGCCACAGCGCAGCGUCGUGUUCCUCUGCUGGGGGAGCAAGGGCGCGCUACCCAAGCAGCAGCUCGAGGAGAUCGCCGGCGGCCUCGAGAGCUCAGGGCACCGGUUCCUUUGGGUCGUGCGCACGCCGGCGGGCAGCGACGACCACAAAACAUAUUGGGAGCGGCGAGGCGAGGCGGACCUGGACGCGCUCCUGCCGGAGGGGUUCUUGGAGCGGACCAAGGACCGUGGCCUCGUUAUCAAGACAUGGGCGCCGCAGGUCGAUGUGCUCAACCACCCAGCAACAGGCGCGUUCGUGACCCACUGCGGGUGGAACUCGACGCUGGAGGCCGUCGCGGCGGGGGUGCCGAUGCUGUGCUGGCCGCUGGCCGCAGCGGAGCAGAAGAUGAACAAGGUCUUCGUGACCGACGAGAUGGGGAUCGGGGUGGAGAUGGAGGGGUACAGGGAAGGUUUCAUCAAGGCCGAGGAGAUAGAGGCGAAGCUGAGGCUGGUGUUGGAGUGCGAGGAAGGGAGGAAGCUUAGGGAACGAGCGAUGGAGCUGAAGAAAGAAGCAGAGGAAGCGGUGCAGGACGGUGGGUCGUCAGGAGCGGCAUUUCUCCAAUUCUUGUCUGAUGUUAAGAACCUUCGAGAGUAGCUUCGGCCCUUCGGGGGAGACGGAUUUGCAAACCCUCCCAACUUUUUUUGUAUCAAUCCUCGUGUACUCUAUCAGUCUCUAUCUGUUUCAUUGCCCAAGGAAGAAGCAGCUUGAAUGAAAGGGACGAUGGCCAGCGGUGUAGGACUUGAUACUGCUACCGAAGCAUAUUAAGGCCUCGUUUCGUUUUUUCCAGUUUAAAUCAUAAAUCC